UAUAAGUAGAUGCAGCUUUCCCACAGCUACUGCAUCCAAGCUGCGACGCGCGUUUGAGAUGUAAUGGCAGCACGCACUUAAUAGCAGGGAGGGGAUGAUUUCUCGGAGUGGCAGAGGGGCUGGGAGACGAGUCCUGCUGCAGUCCUUAAAAGUGUACCGCUGUCAGACACCCAGAGAAGAGGAAGGGCGUGUGAGAGCAAUCCGCUCCGUUCCUCACUGCGAGCUCCGGGGCUCUGUGACAUCGUGGUUCUUGGGAAUGCCGGAGUCUGAGUGCAGCCGCUGAAAAGUCACACAGCUGGUAGUGAGCGCUGCUCUCCUUUCAAGGCUGUGUGCACCAUUAAUGACUGAAUGGGCUCUGCUGGGAAGGCUUGUCCUCACACCAUGACAGCUGACAAGUCAGAAGCUGGAGAGCUAGCUCUGGAGCCUCUCCUCACUUGUAAGCUUUGUCUCUGUGAAUAUUCCCUGGAUAAGAUGACCACUCUUCAGGAAUGCAGCUGCAUCUUUUGUACAGCGUGUCUAAAACAGUACAUGGAGCUGGCAAUCCAAGAAGGUUGUGGUUCCCCUAUCACAUGUCCAGACAUGGUAUGCUUGAACCAUGGGACCCUACAGGAAGCAGAGAUUGCCUGUUUGGUUCCUGUUGACCAGUUUGAGUUAUACAAGAGGCUGAAGUUCGAACGAGAGGUCCACUUGGACCCCCAGAGAACGUGGUGCCCCACGGCCGACUGCCAGACAGUGUGCCACAUCGCACCGAGCGAGUCGGGAGCCCCGGUGCCAGUGGAGUGCCCCGCCUGCCACCUGACCUUCUGCUCCUCUUGCAAGGAGCCGUGGCACGGGCAGCACCUGUGCCAGGAAAACCAAACCGCUCUGGUAGCAGCCGAGCAGGGAUUCCUUAUUGGAGCAGAGACAGAGUCACCAAUUAAGCAGUGCCCAGUCUGUCGAAUUUAUAUUGAGCGAAACGAGGGCUGUGCUCAGAUGAUGUGCAAGAACUGCAAGCACACGUUUUGCUGGUAUUGUUUACAGAACUUGGAUAAUGAUAUUUUCUUACGACAUUACGACAGAGGCCCUUGCAGAAACAAGCUGGGCCACUCACGGGCUUCAGUGAUGUGGAACAGAACACAGGUUGUGGGGAUCCUCGUUGGACUAGGUAUCAUAGCGUUGGUGACCUCCCCCUUGCUGCUCGUGGCAUCUCCAUGCAUCAUCUGUUGCAUUUGCAAAUCUUGCCGGAACAAAAAGAAAAAACACAGCCUGCCGACAACCUAAAACUGUGUCUUUUUGAGUCUCCAUCUCUACAGCAUAUGUAUGUGAGAAAGCACAAUGGUUAUGUUUUGGUGCCAUACCUACCAAAUAAUGCUCCCCUUUUUUUGCCAGUUCUUGGGAAAAGUGCCUAUUCUUGACAGGUUACUCUAUCACUAACAAGUUCUCAUGGGGGAAAAGUCUGGAUUCUUGUGAAAUACAUAUAGUGUAGGUUUUUGUCUUCCUGAAGAGGAAAACAGGGCACCAUUCAGUACUUUAUACCAUAAAUAUGAUCUACCAUUGAAGACUGAUAGAACAUUCCCAAUUUCAAUCAGCUGCACGUGGCUUGAUCCUGCCACACUGCUCUGUCUUUGCAGGUCCCAGUCAUUACUGUUGUGCUUGCUGUUGGUUCUUGGUGAUGAUCAGAUUUCUCAGAAAGUUUUGGGUCUUUUGUAAAAGAGGGAGAAGGAACAGCCUGAUUAGGUUCUUCUGUCUGCUAGGUUGUGUCCAGUUAAAUAUAACAAACCAUUAAGAAAAUAUGUUUGGUAGUUUCCUGUCAAUUGGCUGCCAUGGCAUUUCUUUGAGCAUUGAAAUCCAUUUGAUUUUUACCAUUGAUCACAACUACAGAAGUAAAAACCCAACAAAACGGUUUCUAAGAUGGGGAUCUCUUUUGAGAGACUGGACUACCUUGAGAAAGCUGCUAUGUUUUUUCACAUCAAACAUGACAUAUCUACCAUGAAAUAUUAGGAAUAUGCAUAUUUCCCUAGCAUUGGGCAUGGCUUUUAUCAGUACCAUGGGUGUAGCAAACCCACAGUGAAGGUAAUAUUGUAAGAAAGGCUGUGAUACAGUUCCCAUUUUGUGCAGAGCGCUGGGAUCCUGGUUGCGUGUGAAGAAAGUGAUGGUGUGGGCACAGAUAUACCAAGUACACGUGGGCAGUCAGUGGAUAUUUUUUCCGACAAUUUACAUGGGUUGGCAGCAAGAACCCUGUCAAAAAGUUACUGAAACCAGACUAAGCCAAGCCCUCGUUCAAAACCUUAUGGACCUGCUGAAGUGAAUACUUGAGAAAUGCUGUGUAAAUGUGCGCUCCGUCCUUUGGUGGGUGCGUCUUUUGUCCUGCUCAAGGUUAACAAACUCUGUUACUGAUAUUUUUUAGUUACUCUGAAUCUGGAAGGCUAUCAGGUAAUAAGUGCUUCAUUUUAAUUUGGUGCCUCACCACCAAACCUGUUCAGACCCUGGUAUUGGUUACAGACCCCUGUAUAAGUUCGCUGAAAGCUCUCUGAAGAGCUGGAAUUACUCCUGGCUCAGUCAGGAGUAGCCGAGAUCAGACUCUACUCCCUGGAGUUUAUUUCCUUAAUGGAUGGUGCUCCUCACAACCGGGGCCGGUGGCGCUUUUGUUCUGGACUCCCGUCUGUGCAUUCUAUAUCUGUGGGAACAGAUAACAAGUUUGCACUGUAUAAUUGGUUGUAAUUCCAAACCCCUUUCCAUAUGGGCUGCGAGGCUGGAAGGAGAUGCUCAGUGUGGUGUCAGGCUCGCACUCCGCCCGGCUGCCCCUUUCCAAGCACACAGCACGGGUCACCCGGAGGGUGCUGCGGGGGUCACUCUGUGUGGUGCUUGGCCGAGCCUCAGGAACUUUGCCUUCUUGGCAGCUGUAAAUGUGCCCUUUUUUCUGUUUCACUUUGUUCUCUGGUUACUCUAACAAAAGUGGCAGGUGUUCUUCUUUUGAGAAGGUGUAGUCUGUUGAGCAGACUAGCGAGGGCAGAGGCUUUUAAUGAUACUGUCUGUUUUACUUUUUAAUUGAUUUCUUUUAUAAAUGCUGUCUGACUUUGCUACCAGUCGCGGCUGGAGGGCAGGCGGUGCUCGCCAGUGUGAAAGGCUGUAUUUAUUCUUCAUCCUCACUUUAAAGGGAAGCAGAACGGUAGACAGUACCUUCUAAAUACAGAGUGCAAUGCAGGCAACUGCCAUUUAUAAUAAAUAAAGAAUGUUUUCUGUAUGUCUUUUCUUGAAGAGCACUAAUGGUAGUGCUUUGGGGUACUUGUGACAGAUUAAAGUGUCCAGCCCUUGGCUUUGCACUAUUUUUCUACCUACAUUUUUAUGGCACUAGUGUCAUUUCCAUUUUAUUUAUGAACUUGAAGUUGCAAGUCCUACUUUAACAAAGCCUCAAGGACAAAGAUGUAGGAGCUGUACAGUCUCUUUAAGCAUAACCAGCAUUGCAAUGUACUAAUAUCCUUUGCAUGUUAAAAUUUGAGAGUUUUUCAUGUUUUGUGAUCUUACCCAUGACCGGUGCAUCCUUUGCUAGUCUGGUUUCUUUCCUUAUCCUCUCCCUCUUUCUGUUGGCCUGGUUUUGCUGAAAUGCCUAUUGGAAUGAAGGUAUUGGACUUUUUUUUUUUUCUGUUAAUGCUGUUGUGUUAAUUAAACUGUCAGGUUCUUCUCUGUGUUAAAGAAACAGUGGAAGGCAGCUCUCUUGCACCAGUUUAGGUGCCUGGUGGGCAUAACAAAACUGGUACAAAUUUAUCAUGCAGGAGUUAACACAGCCUGGCAGCCUCAGCACCAGUCCAGGUAUCUAAGAAAUCUAAAUGUGGAUUGGUAGCCCAGGUUUUUGCUGGAGGUCUUUACACGAGAACUGGAUAAGGAGAGCAGGAGCUAAAGGGACCCCUUCCUUUGGCUGUGUAGGUGCAGCAGAUGGACCAAGAAAGAAGUUCUAGACAUCUUCAGAGCUUAAAAUGAAAUCUUUACAACAAUGAUUUUCUUUAAAAGGCUGUGUCCAGUGCCCCAGCUUUUCAUUGCAUGAGAAUACUUGAGCAUAUGCAUUAAGUAGACCCUGGCCUCGCUGAGUGGAAUACUACCUGUGCUGAAGUGCUGGAGCAGGAAAAGCCCUGUUACUCUGUUUUCCAGAAGGCAGCUAUUUUGCACCAGCUGGCUAUGUUCAUAGAGUUCCAGAAAAACAUUUCAGCAGGAAUCUUUUUUUCAAUGUUGGCUUUUGCUUUUGUGUUGCUUUGGUGUUUUUUUUUUUUUUUUUUUUUUUUUUAUUAUUUUUUUAUUUUUUUUUUUGAGGGGGUGUGGUAGGAUUUUUUUUCCCCCACUUUAUAAGAAACAUUAAAGUCACUUUAUAAAAAAUUAAUGGAAAACAUGAAAAAUAAUACUAGUAAUAAUUAGGGAGAACAAAAAAAACCACAAGAAAACAAAAACGGGACUCUUAUUACAUCUGACUCAUGUUAAUCAAGGUGUCUCUAAAUCCACCCUCCUGAGCUCCAUCUGUGCGAUGUGGUUGGUGCACAUUACUACCAGGCUUCACUGCUCUUCCCAUCUCUCCUCUUGCCCCUGUGGCAGGUGGCUGGCAUGGGGGCAGCAGCCAGGGCAGAGCUCAGGGCUAUGGCAGUGCAGGUACCACACCAGGAGCACAGUGCCCACCCUGGACUCAUCCCCAGUUUGUUCUUGGGGCUUUAACCACUGAGAGACACCUUGGGGGUUUUAGGCCUUUAAUGUUACAUUGAGAGCAUUCACAAUAUUCUCUUGGAAAACAGAAGUGGAAAGUACUCCAUUCAUUCUGAACCAGGAGUAUUCAGGCCUUAUUGAAAUUGGGCUCUAGGUGUUUAAAGGUCAGCUCCUGAACUUAAGAGACCAGUGCUAGAAAUCUGGAUUUGUACUUCAUCUGGCCACUAAUGUCCAUGGUCACAUAUCAUGUCAUUUCCUACCAGUCACUGGGUCUGUGUCAAAUACAGCUGAAGAUCCCAUUCAGUAUUCCAUGUCCUUGAGUUAAAAUGAGGAUGAUGAUACCUGCUCCCAAAUCCAUCUCUUAAAAAGAGAGCAUAUUUCUCAUGCUGCAGCAUAGGUGCAUCUCUGCAGUAUUUAUUCCAGAGCUAUAGUGGGUGUUCAGUGCUGCCCUUCAGUAAGUGAUGGUUUAUUUUUGGUAUAUGGGGUUACUUACCCCAAAGAAGGGCACGAGGGGUAACAAUAGUGAAUGUUUCUCAGUGCUUUGAUGAUUCUAAAUGCUAAGUCUUGUUGUCUGUUCAGUAACACAGCAUGAAGUCCAAAGAUAAAUUUAAAAAGUAUACAAUUUUUACUUGAAUGGACUAAGAGAAACGGGAUAUUGCUCCAUGUUUGCAUGAAGAAAUAAAUACAAGUGGACAGGUACAACUGCAUUUCCACAAUGGGACAAUAAAAUCAACUUUUGGCUGCUCCAUUUUUUGGUACCACAAUGGGUGGUUGUGCUGUAGUGCCUGCUGCUUUAAAAAUUUGAAAUCUGUUUUGCACUGUAAUCUCCUUCUCCCAGUCAUUCUUUCGCAAAGUAAUUCUCUUUAUGAUCUUAUUUUUUUCAGUAUUUCUGGCCAAAGAUUCUUAGAGCAAAGCCAGUAGAUUUCUUUGUAUGAAGAUAAAAAUCUUCCAGCCAUUUUCUCCCAGGUUUUAAAAAGAAAUUUGAUGCUGAGUUACCUGGCCAAAGAUAGGAAUUCCAGACUUCGCUUGUUUAGAAAGUCUUACUGAGACUUAAGUUCUCUUGUAAGACCUAAGUAAGGGCUGAUUUGUUAGAGCUCAUAGAUAAGGGAGCCCUACAGCUUUUGAGCUUCACAGAAGAGAUGCCUCUAUUGUUAAGCAGACUUCUUUGGAAAUGUACUAGAGGGAAAAGAAAUUAAGAAUCUACAUCCUGUAUACAUGUUUUUAUUGUAUAAAUCAAGAAUACUUCUCUUGGAUAGAUUCAUAAUUUAGGGAUUCAGACUCUCUGGAGCCUUUCUAGGGUAUACUUACCCAGGAAGAUAAUCUUAGAAAUAUGCUGAGGCAGUUGAACAGAGUGUGCUAGUUAUAAAAGAGUUGUCAGACAUCUCUCACCCAUGAGUGUGUAGGAUGAGAUCAUAAUUCACAUGGCUGGAAAUAAAGAUGUGAAAAUUUGCCUUUCCUGGAACAGCAAGAGUUGGUUCUUCUGCAGUCUCCCGGAAGGUCAACUUAUUGCUAAGACUCUGGAGAACUUCAGUCUCAUUUUCAUUUGUCCUCUAGUUAGUAAAGUAAUAAAGUGAGAGCUGAAUGGUGUUGCUUAACAGGAAGCCCAAAGGUCUGUCUUGUGUCAUGACCCUCAAGUUCCUCAUAACCAAUGUGGUUUUAUAAUUUAUUAUUAUAAUUUAUGCAAUGCAAAUAUAAUUUAUAAUUAGUAAUUAUAAAAUAUUAAGGAUGAAGUAUCAUUGCCUUUAUCAUAUGAUUGAUUUAUUUUAAUUGCAUUCAUACUGGAAGGCUUAUCUGCUUCCCAUAGAGAAGGUCAUGGUGCACCUGGCAAAGUAAAUUUCUGUGAUCUGGUGCAGUCCACAGUAAAUGUUUCCUACUUGUUUGUAGUUAUAUCAGAGGGGGUUUUUUUUAUGAUCCCUCAAGUUAGUUUUUUGAAUUGAGCAAAUCUCUAUUGUUAGGAAAGGCAAUUUCCUAGCAAUGAAUUUUAUUGACCAUCACAAUCUGAGCUAUAAAAGAUGAUACUGGUUGACAAGGUCCACCAGCUCUUUGGAGGACACGACCUUCUUCUUCUCCCUUCUUCCCAAGAACCUUUAUCUUUUCUUGGAUGAAAAUUAAGGAUGUCAGUAAUUUGCUUGUGCCUUCUGGAUGUCCAGGCAGAAGUUGUAACUUCUGGUGGCCAUGUGCCGGGAGAUCCGAGACAGGUUGAAUGUGCGAUGCUGCUGGAUGUGUGCAGUGAGUUGCUUAAAUUUCAAGAAGGUGCCUGAGCUUUAUGACUCCUGGGGCUCAUGCAGUGGACGUGGUGCACAAAGGGACUCGUCCAGGUGAGGCUUCAAGUGCCACCAGCUCUAUGGCAUGUGUUGUGCUGGGCCAUCUCACCAUGUUCGAGUGUAUCCCGCAUGUUCAGCAGCAGCCCUAUCUCAAGCUUGCCCUUUCCAUAGCUCCCCAUCCACCUCCAAAAUGCCCCAGAACUCAGAACGAAUCUGUUCAUUUUCCAAGUCUCUUGCUGCUGGCCUGGUCCAGUUUCACAGAAGCUUCAGUUCACAUGAGCCAUUUCAAGCUCAGUGGGACUGAUCAUUUACUUUUCCCUAAUGAGCAAGGCUUGGGAAUGAAGAGAAGCAGAACUGUUGCGUAUGCUGGUAUUGGCAUCAUGGGCACCAAAGGUUGCUGUGUGAGAGCUCUUUUAACUGUCCCAGCGUUGCUCAUUUCUGAGAAAAGCCGGUGUUUUAAAUGCGUGUAGAUGGAAGUGUCCAAGUCUGACACUGGGAGUGUUUGUGUGUGUGGUGUGAACCAGCAGUGGCCACGGACCCCUGUCCUGCCCCCCGCAGAUUUUACAUCCUGUUUAUCUAUUUUUUUUGGUUUUUUCUUCUCCUCCAGGUAAUACACUUUCUUCACCACUUUUCUUCUGGUGAAGGGCAAAAGGGUUUGAUCUUUGUAAGAUUUGUUAAAAUAUUUUUGUGUUUAUAAGAAAGCUGACGUAUAAAGAAAUAAGUGCUUUUGUAAUUUUUUUUUUUGUGUGUGUGGUAUGAUUCAGCAUUUAAAUGUUUUACAGAUGCAGUUUUUUGCA